CAUGGGGAAGGACCUGUCAUGGACCCCCCAUGGAGGCUGAGGCAGCUGCUCCCAGCUGGCGAAGAGAAGACUGUGUGGCUGUGGGCAGCCCAGGUGGACCAUUCUGGCACCCGCGUCUCACAGGUACCUGUAGAAUGAAUGGCUUCUGAGAAGAUGAGAAGCUAUCCAGGCGAAUGGAAGCUUCACAAGAAAGGAAGUGGUUAGAAACAUUCAAGUACAGAACAUGAAUGCUGAAGCAUAUUUGCAUAAAUCUGCAUAACCUUUUAAAUGCAUAACCAGCUCUCAGGCUCUUGCUGCUGGCUUACUCUGAGCCACGGGGUUCAGCCAGGAUUUGAUAGGCACAGUAGACUGCGUGCGGACUGGACCCUCUGCAGGUUGAAGCAAAAGUUUAAUUACCUGCUGAUUAAGAGGCGUGAUUUGAACUGUACAAUAUAAAAAUGUCAUUCCUCCAUUGCUGGGGGUCCUGAGUGAUUUGAGGUCCCUGCCAUACUACACCUACAUGGAGGCAGGGUCUGUCUUCCUUAGCUGACUCCCUUAUCUUAAAACGCUCCUCAAAGAGCUCCCAGUUGGCCUUGCAGUGACUCUUGGACACAAGGGGGCAGCAGUCCUCCAGGGAGCUCUAAACCUGCUGGCCCCCAGCUCACCAUCCUCCAUCAGGCCACAGAGGACCUUAAAUCCACACCAGCCAGCUGCGCCCAGCAGCAGCAGCACCCCACUCUUGUCCCUGGCUAAACCCUAGAAUGAGAAAGGGCCCUUGCCCAGCGCAUUAGUUUGGUCCCCUGCUGCUCGGCAUGAAUUGUGUUCAAUUCCCAAAGUGCCACUCCUCCCCUUCACUGGGUUGGUGAGCAAAAUGUGCAGCACAGCAUGCAGCAGAUGUGGAAAGCCCCCAGCUGAUUCACAGAAGAGAACUUGACUCCAGGAAGAGCCUGAUUUGCGUGAAGUUGGGAGGUGACUGUUGAACUGGUGGGCGGGCAGGCAGCUGGUAGCAACCCUGGGCCUUCCGUAGCAGCCCACGCUCCACACUUCUGCUAUUUCUGCCCUUUGUUCCAGCCCCACCCAGUUAUAUGCUGGAUAGUAAAAAACCUGCCGUCCAAAAGAAAAAGAAAAAACAAACCAGGAUUUUUUCUGGUGGAGGCAAGCACAGAACACCCAUUCAUUCUGUAGACUAUAACAGUACAAACCUAAACAUUCCUACUUGGAAGUGAUUCCUACUGAAUUCAGUAGGGCUUACUCCCAGGUAAAUGGGGCUAGAAUUGCCGCCUAACUGGCCCUAACCUAGAGCUUUAAAGUUCCUUGGAUAGCUCAGUCAGUGGAGCAUCAGACUCCUAAUCAUACGUUGGGCAAAAGGUUUCCUGCAUUGCAGAGGGUUGGACCAGUUGACCUUUGUGGUUCCUUUCAACUCUACCAUUCUCUGAUUCAUCUGAUACUUAAUGCUUCACAACUCUUGUGAUGAAAAAGCUUGGUAAAGGAGAAGCAGGCCGCUAGACAGGGGAGGAAAAGCCAGCAGAAAACACCACCCACUUUCCAUUGACAGAAGCCAUCACUGGAUCAAGUAAUAUCAGGGCAAGCUGACGUCACGCCUGUUCCAGAACCAAAUCUAGUUAUGACUCAUCAAGGCAUUUGCACCUCUAAAAGGCAACCAUCGCAGGAGGCUGAGCAAGGACCCACCAGGCGACAAUGGCCAACUGAGGAAGAGGACCAGAGCAGCGAAGCUGGGGAGCCCCAGGGGACUGUGGCAAGAGGAAGGAUGGCAGGCCAGGUGUGGGGAUGGCUGCUGCUGCUGCUCUUCCUUCAGCAAGCUUCAGCUUGUGGGAAUCUCACCUGUUUUGCCGACUACAUCCAGACCUUAACAUGCAUGUGGGGAAAUGACCCCCACGCCUCCAGCAGAGCUCAGUACCAUCUCACAGCAACAUGGGACUGCGGAGAAGGCGGCAACUGCUCCUUCACCUCCGAGGGUGCCGCCGCCGCUGCCCGAUACACCUGCUUUGCAGAGCAGAACAUCUGCUUUGGGAACAACAACUUUGAGGUGGUCGUGAAGCUGGGGGAUGAGCAACGGCAAGUGUGUAAGAACGAGUUUGUCUUCCAAGAACACUUUAAGCCGUCCCCGCCGUUCAGCCUGAGGGCUAUUGUCUCCCCUGAGGGCUACAACCUCUCCUGGAACACCAUGUACCAGCAAGAUGAGUACUUCUACCUGGACACGGAGCUGCAGUAUGAGUUGCGCUACCGGCAGAGGGGACAUCCAUGGCAGGGACACAACCAUCUACUGCAGUACACUGAGACCCUGUGGCUCCCCCAGGAGUUCGAAGGGGACACAGACUAUGAACUCCAGGUUCGGGUGAAGCCAAGGGAAGACUCCUCAUACCAGGGCGCUUGGAGCGACUGGAGCCCCAAGACGACCUUGAGGACGCUGCCGAGGGCCGUGGAGGACAGGCCAGGAGACAAGUGGUCCUUGUGGUUCCUGCUGGUGCUCAGCCCAUUGGUUGCUCUCAUGGUCUUCCUGGGCUGGCAGCACCAAAGGUUGUGGAAGAAGCUGGACAUCUUCAUCCCCAGCCCGGCCCCCUUUUUCCAGCCCCUCUACCUGAUCCACAAUGGAGAUUUCAAGAAGUGGGUGGGCAGCGGCAUCUCCUGCCCUGGAGCCAUGCUGGACAACUUUGAAUGGAGCACAGCCCUGCUGGAUGUGUUUGGGAUGGGCCAAAAGCCCCUUCCCCCCAGCCCUGCCAAGGAGCAGCAGAGUGGAGGCCAUGCACCCUCCCCUGCUACAUUUGCUUCCCACCUGCCUGGGAGCCAGGAUGCCACCCAUGAUCAGGCCUACGGCCACCUCUCCAUUGACACCGUCACUGUGGCUGGAGAGUUUACCGCCUGCUGCCCGCGGUGCAAGGGGGCCCCAGCAUGCUGUGCUCUGGAGGAGGGCCAGGACGAAAGCGAUGCCUACCAGGGCAUCCUCCUCAAUGAGGGCCAGAUCUCCGAGAAUCUGCUCCUGGUGGACAUGGUCCCACCAGCAGCAGCCCAGAGGAAGGCUUUCUUGUCUGCCUUGGAGUCCUGGUCAGGAGACCCUCUCCUCGAGACUCUUACUCCUUUAUCGCAAGCUGGCGGCUCCCUGGGCAGAAAAAGGUCUGGGAAGGAGGUGGACUUUUUUGGUUCGCCUCCUGAGCCCUGGACCCUGGAAGGCCUCUUGUCUCCAGAGGAGGAGGACAUAGCUUCCUACCGAGACCUGCUCUCUCCUGACUUGGAUGCAGAUGGGGACCUCCUUGCCAAUGGCCUGGAUCUGGAUACCAUUGACAGUGGCUUUGCAGAGUGUGACUGUGGGAGCCCUGUGGACUCUGAGUUCGAGAGGAGGCCGACAGGCUGUGGGUCUGAACCCCUCAGUGUGGAAAGCGGAGAGACAGGGGAAGAGCUCCUGCCCAGCUACGUCAAGCAAUGGGUCUCCUCCUGUCACAACAGAGCGCAGCCCAGUUAAAAGCACAGAGGGGGAAGCAGGAGCUGAGCACCUGUCGAGGCCACUGUGAAGCUCCUUCACUCCUUGCAAAGAUCUAUGGGUCUUGCUUGGACGCUCAGCUUUCUCCUGCAUAAGAGAGACAUAAGCAGGGAAGCCUUUGCUGCCACUACCAGACACCUCCUCCUUUGCGCCGGGAGACCCACCCACCCCAGGACUGGAAGCUGUUUUUCCCCUCCUUGGCAAAUUCCUCUUUUUGCUUACAAAAGUUAAUAUUUUUACAAAGGCUGUGAAAUCUUUGGAUGAAGUUGGGAGUGUCAACUACAAAGCAGACUUCAAGUUCCAAGCCACAGGGGGUGCACAUGGGUGGGGUGGGGUGAGCUGGGCAGAGAGAGGGAGACAUGCACAUCACAUUUGCUCCACCCCUAUGGUGGGGAGAAAAUUGUACUCUUCAAGGCCAGCAUCAAUCAGGAGGAGGCCCCCCACCAAAGCUGGACUCGCAGCAGCAGCAGCUUCGCUCCAUGAAGAGCCCCAGAGGACCCCCAACCUUCCCCCUCCCUCUUUCCUUAUCCUUCCCUCCUCUUUUUUGGGGCCACCACACUUCAGGCUGUGAGCCCUGGGCAGGGACCAAUUAUGUUGGCAUUUGUUGUAUAGCAAUUAAUAAAGAAGGUCUAUCACA